AUGGCUGACUUUGACAGCAUAUUGAAGUUCUGGGGCCCAGUAGAGGCAGACUACACUGGCAUGGGAAGCCUGGUGCUUACCCGUCUUUUUACAGAGCACCCAGAGACCCAGAAGCUCUUUCCCAAAUUUGUGGAUAUUCCUCUGACAGAUUUGAGCAGUAACUCUGCCAUCGCUGCUCAUGGGGCUACGGUCUUGAAGAAACUGGGUGAGUUGCUCAAGGUCAGAGGAAACCAUGCGGCCAUCCUCAAACCUCUGGCCACGACACAUGCCAAUCAGCACAAGAUCUCCCUCCACAACUUUAAGCUGAUCACAGAGAUCAUUGUGAAGGUGAUGGAGGAAAAGGUGGCUCUGGAUACUGCUGGACAACAGGCUUUCAGGAACGUCAUGGCUGCUAUCAUCGCUGACAUUGAAGCACACUACAAAGACUUGGGAUUAGCUGGGUGA